AUAUAUAUAUAAUGAGCAUUUAAAGUAGUUACCUUUGUCCUCUGGUGGUGUGACAUCCCACAAAGAAUCAUCUAUCUCUUCUGAAAAAAAAAUUAAUUGUUAUUGGUCAGUUAUUUAUCUUUGUGUUUUAUAUAUUUAUUUAAAGAUACCUGAGAAUGAGUCCUGAGAGGUUCAAGCAACUUUCAGCUAUGGUAGAGCCUCAUCUAAAACCGAGAGAAAACAGAGGGCGAAUACAUGUGUCACCAGAUGAAAGGGUUGUAGUGACACUGUGCUACCUCGCAACUGGAGAUAGCAUGGCGACUUGGUCGUUUAACGGUCUCAAACAUCAUCAAGGAGGUGUGUGAUGCCAUUUGGGCAGCAUUGAACUCUACGUACCUUAGAAUGCCCUCAAGUGAGAGGGAUUGGCUCGAGAUUGCCAAAUAGUUUGAGGACGAGUGGAAUGUACCUCAUGCUGUCGGUGCUGUUGAUGGGAAGCACAUUGCCAUUGAGUGCCCCAAAUUUGGGGGCUCAACGUACUAUAACUAUAAAGGAUUUCACAGUACUGUAUUGAUGGGUAUUUGCGAUGCGAAAUACUCAUUCACGUGGGUGAGUAUUGGCUCAUAUGGCAGGGAUAACGAUGCUGCCAUCUUUGGUCAGUCAUUCUUUUUCAACAAGGCUGAAUUGGGGACGUUAAUGAUGCCACUGCCAUCAGCUGUUGGGGGUUAUAACCUGCCAUACACUCUUCUUGGCGAUGAUAUCUUUCCCCUGAAGACAUGGCUUUUGAAGCCAUUUGGCAGAAAACGACUAACUGAAGCAGAGGAGGUGGCCAACUACCGAAUUUCAAGGGGUCGACGCACCAUUGAAAAUACCUUUGGUAUUAUGUCUGCCAGAUGGCGAAUUUUCAGACGACCAAUAAGAGCCAAUAUAGAGACUGUUGAUAAGGUAGUGAAAGCAGUGGUCUGUUUGCAUAACUACCUAACGCAAACUGAAAAUGCACAUUACAUUCCAAGUGGCUUUGUCGAUAGCGAUUGCAAUGGUGAAUUUAAGGAAGGAGAAUGGAGAAACAUAGUGAGAGAUGACGAAGGAGGAAUAAGGGACGCGAGAAGAAUAAGCUCCAACUAUUACACAGCAAGUGCUAAAGAAACAAGAGAAGCAUUUUCAAAUUAUUUUAACAGUGCAGGAGGUGCAUUACCUUGGCAGUGUGAUGUUGUGAGAAACUGCGGCCCUCUGGCUACAAGAUGAAUGCUUUGAUGCACAUUUUGUAAUUGAAAUCCUGGGCAACUAAUCAUCUAUUCACAAUUGUCAGUUUAUAUUUAAGGGUGAGAAACAAUUAGAUUAUUAGAUGCUAUUACUAUAGAGAACUGGGACAGUUUCAUUAGGCAUUUAAAAACUAAUAACCCAGCCCAUAUUCCCUGUGCUGACACUGCAAGUUAAAUUGGUUUUUGUUUAUUAUGUUAUUAUUUUAAAUUGUAAUAAAUAAUUAUCCUGGGUUUUCCAAAAAAUCAGUUUGCAUGUGAUUAUUUAUAGUGCUUUUAUAAAAACAGUUUUUAGAAUGCAAGUAAUUAUAAAUUUAAAUAUUAUUUGGAAAUUUAAGUCAAUACAAUUUUGGUAGUUUGCUAGUACCCUUCAUUUUGUCACACUGGUAAUUUUAGUUAAUAUGAUUUUAUAAUUUACAAUAUAUUUAUGUACUGUACCUUCAACUAUUGUGGAUUUUUAUAUUAAUAUUAUCAAAUUUCUCCUUUCUAUGAAUAAGGGCACAUAGAAAAAAAUAUUAGAUCACUGUUUUCUUUUUGUUUUUUUUUUUUCAAAAAAAGUGUUGACUGGAGUUUUUUUUAAUUAUUGGAAUAAUAGAAUAUAGCUUAUUUUAAUCCAUGACAGAGGGACUUUCAUAUAUUUCAUGUAACAUAGGCUAGAUUGUUUAUGUAAUGACAUUUGCUCUGUUAGUGCAUAUUAUAUAAAAUGGUUAAUCAUUUUCACUACCAUGUAACAGUACGGUAAUUUUUUUGAAUACACAUUGUAAAGAUAACAAAAAUUAAAGUACUGUAAUCAGUUAGAAAUUAUGCUUUUGUAAGAGUGAUUGAAUGGCCAUGUGAGAUUGCAAUGGAAUGUUAUAACUGUACUCAUAAUUAACAAAAAAACACAGACUAUUCUAAUAUUAGUUUUCUCAUUUUAAGUUGUAUUUUUUUAUCGUAGAGUAAAUUUACCAUUUGCUAGCAUCAAUUCCAGUAGUAGUAGAGUAAAUAAAAUUUAAAAAAAUAAAUAUGGCAACGUGAUUUAAAUAGCAAAAAGCAUUGAUUUUUAAAUAUAAUGGGCAGUAUAUAUAGGCCUAUGAUCAAUAUAGCUGUACAGAUUACAACAAAUUAAAAAUCGCUGGAGGAAUUAAUGUACCUAAUUGUGCUCUUCUAUUCUUUAGUUUUUGUUUGUAAGUGUUUGAAAAGUUUAAAAUAAACAACUGGAAGGAACACCAAA